AUGCCGUUCUCAUUUCAUAGUCAUUCUGGUCAGUUUUGUGAACAUGCAAAGGGCACAUUGGAAGAAGUUGUGCAAGAAGCGAUUAAAAAGAAUUUCAUCAUGUAUGGUUUAUCAGAACAUUGUCCGAGAUAUCGGGAACAAGAUUUAUACCCUGAGGAAUUCCAUUUAAAACCAUCCGACCUUAUAGACACUUUUACUGCCUAUGUGCAUGAGGCUCGAAGACUUCAACAAAAGUACCAAUCACAAAUCACAUUAAUAGUUGGGUUGGAAUCGGAAACAAUUAACUCGUCAUCUUCAACUGAAGCACUAUGCCUUAAGUCAGAACAUAAUCUUGACUAUAUAUUAGGGUCAGUUCAUCACGUCCAUGAGACGCCAAUUGAUUUUGAUGAAGAGCAAUUUGCUAUUGCCUUGAAAAAGUCAUCAAAUGACGAGGAAAAACUGUUUGAAGCAUAUUUUGAUGCGCAGUAUAAGACUUUAAAAGAAGUCAAACCAUUGAUUGUGGGCCAUUUCGAUGUGAUAAGAAUAUACAGGCCGAACUGGCAACUUACACAGACAGUUUGGGAAAAAAUUCAGAGGAAUAUUGAUUAUGCCAUUGACUAUGGUGGUUUAUUCGAAAUUAAUACCGCCGGUUGGAAAGUAGGACUGCCUGACGCAUAUCCACAAAGAGAUAUCCUUCAGUUGAUUAUCUCAAAAGGUGGACGAUGUACAAUAUCUGAUGAUAGUCAUGGACCUUCGACUGUCGGAAGGGACUAUGACAAAUUAUAUAAAUAUCUAAAGGAGAUGGAGAUUUAUACUUUAUAUUACUUAGACUACGGAGAUGAUGGCAAGAGCAUGGUUGUCAAAGAAUUGAAAGACGCCUUGGAGCAUAAGUUUUGGGAUCAGUGGACUUAA